AUUCAAGUUUCCAGUAAUCACCACCAUUUCGGCCUCUUCGCAAAACGAACGAUGCGAUGGCCUUGGUCAAGCGGCGACGAUGAGAAGAAGAAGGAUCGUCUGCCAGCUUGGGCGGAGCCCGUCAAGUCGAAGCACUGGUCAACUGCGUUUCUAGAGCCUAGGACCCUGAUUCCUACCAUCGUCCUAACGCUGUCGACUGUUGUUGCUGUGCGCAUGUACAAAACGUAUCUGCGGCGCAUACCGAGCGUCAACCACAUCAAGCCCGACUACUUCCGACGUAAGAGCCUGUUCGGUAAAGUCACGAGUGUUGGAGAUGCGGACAACUUCAGGCUAUACCAUACGCCUGGUGGGAGGUUAGCUGGGUGGGGUUGGCUGCCGUGGAAGGAAAUUCCGACGAAGAGGGACCAACUGUCCAAACAGACGCUCCACAUCAGAAUUGCUGGUGUCGAUGCCCCAGAAAUGGCGCACUGGGGUCGAGAAGCGCAACCAUACUCGAAAGAAGCCUAUGAGUGGCUCACCAGCUUGAUACACAACCAACGCGUCCGUGUGUACCUAUACAGACGCGAUCAGUACGACAGAGUGGUGGCACAGGUCCAUAUACGCAGGUGGUUUUUCAGACAAGACGUUGGUCUGGAGAUGCUGAAAAUGGGCUUGGCAACUAUAUAUGAAGCAAAGAGCGGCGUGGAAUUUGGGGGUGCAGAAGCAAAAUACCGCGCUGCGGAGGAGAGAGCUAAGCAGCAAAAGGUUGGAAUGUGGUCAAAACCGAGCAUCAUACAGAGAUUGAGCGGCGCUGCUUCCAAGGUCACAGAAAGCCCGCGAGAGUACAAGAACAGGCACACGGCGGCGGAGAAGCAGAAGAAGGCGGGGUGAGUCAACUUGUUCAGUAUGACGCAAUCUGCAGCCCAUUAUCAAAUUCGAAGUGCCUCACAUCCCUUGCUGUUUGGCUGUCUUCAACACCCUCCUCUGGGUGUCAUCUGCAAAUAUCGAGGUGGAGCUUGAACAAGGUCAGCAAAAAAGUAGCAAAUGAACACUAAAGGAACGGACCUUAGCGGCCUAUACGCGUC